GGCGAUUCUAAAAUCAAAUUGUUAUCAUGGGCAAAGGGCACGAUGCUCCAUGUGAAUAUAGAGGUAACUUUAUCAUGUUAUUGUUUGGGGCAGUUCAUGUUGUAUUCUCCCAUUUACCUGACCUACACAAAAAAUGGUGAGAUCAGGGAUUUGAGUGGAGUAUCUACAACCACUGUCGCUCAUAAAGCAGUUGGAGACAUUGCUUUUGCUUUCACCUACAACAUAAUUCUUUUGGAUAUCGAGGUUAGAACCUUUCUUGAGCUCUGUUCUACGUUAGCUAUUUUACUAUUUAUUAUGAUAAAACUAUAUAUACUUGAUAUUAUGAAAGACAAACGUAAUACUCUCAAGGCACCACCGGCCAAGAACAAGACAAUGAAGAAGGCAUCGACUUAUAUUUAUCACCAACUUUUUCUUUUAUCUGUUUUGACGGGCUUCGAAUUUUAUGAUCCCUACUGGCUUGUCGACAUUGCUAUUGCAUGUAUCAUUCUUCACCUUGUGGGUGAAUAUCAUAAACUUUGUAAAUAUUUCAUUUUACUUGAUCCUGACAAGUUUCAACUACUUUUCUGUCUGCUUAUAUACAGUGGAUUUUUGAACAACGAGUAUGUAGCCAAGCUCCCAAUGCUUCCACGUUUCAAGUUAAGCAUUUUCUGGCUCUGCUUUAGGACUGCUUAUGUGACAUCAAUAAUCGGGCUCGCAAUACUUUUUCCAUACUUCACCGAAGUCUUGGGAGUUCUUGGGGUUGAGUCUUUGGCCUCUGGCGAUUUAUUUCCCCAUGCAAAUAAUAAGGUGAGAGCUUGGAUGGGCAUCUGGAUUGUUCUUCAAGCUCUCUGGAUAUUCGGCUUGGUGUGCACUGUUUUUGCUUUUAUCAGAUUGGUUGAAGGCCUUAUAGAACAUAUUUAUUGUUGA